AUGUCUGCAAACAACAAAUGGCCCGACUUUCGUCUGGCAUCCACAUUGCGAUCUUUGAUGGGAUCGCAGCCUGACGAGGCUACAGAUACGAGGUCCAGUCGCCAAUCCGCGCAGAAGCAGCGUAGAGACCAGCCGGAACAGAUCGUGAACGACAGCUCCAACAGCCCCAGCCGCGACGACGCUGCCGACGCAAUGGCCAACGAGGAUAACAACUCAAUCGCUGGCUCGGAAGCCUCUGCCGCCGGUGCAGAUGAGGAUUUUGGGGCAAUCGAGAUGUUUGACAGCAAUGCGGCGCCGGCGACGUUUUCUUCACAGGCCCCCGUUGCCGUUAUGUCGGAAGAUGCCCCCGUGGAAUCAUCCACAAAGAAGUCGAAACGAGACAAGAAGGACAAGCGAGAUAAGAAGCGGAAAUCAUCCCAGGAAGAUGUCGCCGCCGCUGCUACCUCGCCAAUCCCCGAAGAAGAGGACUCAUCAAGAAAGCAUAGAAAGUCCAAGAGGCGGUCGCACAAGGAUGCAGUGAUUCCGGACAGUCAACCAAGUCAGGACAAGCCAGUUGAACGUUCUGAGGAUACGCCUUGGGGUCAGUUACAAGAAGAGGAAGCAGCAGCUGCAUCGUCUCAAUCGAAGAAGAAGCGUAAGCUGUCAGAUUCUGUGGAUGGCAAGGGUCGCAAGAAGCGCAGAUCCCAUGAUCAGGAGUCUGAGGAUCAAGACGGCGCUGCAGCCGCGUCUGGUUUCCUGCGAAAGAGAAAAGAGAAACGUGGCGCUCCAGAAAGUGCGAUAUAUGAGAAUGAGGAACCAGAGUCCGAUCCGCAAAAGUCACCAACCGUUGAACACUUGCGCCGACGAAGCCAGUCACGAGAAGCUCGCUCUAGAGAGAAUAGUGUUCCCGCAGCAAACCAAAUGGAUGUUGACCAAGAGGUUGAGGAUCCUGUACUGGCCAAUGUGGCCGCGUUGGCGGAGGCCGACGGCGAUGUCGAACGUCUAGCACGCGAAGCCUGGAACGAGCACCGCAAUGGACAGCAGGCUCUGGAAGAACAGCAAAAUGGAGGACAGGACACCGAGAUGCCGGACCAGUAUCCUCAGGAGCCACUCAACGACAGCUUGGAGGGCAUUGCUGAAGCUGAGCCGUCAAGCGCCAAGUCGAAAAAGACACGAUCCAGCCGUAAGAAGGCCAAGCCAACAUAUUUUGAGCAGGACCCCAUCCCGGACAUUGCAAGUGACGAAGAAGGGAACAGGAAUGCUCUGGGAGAAUUGCCUUCUCCAUCGGCUGCCACACCAAAGGCUCGAAGGGCGAAGCGUGCUGCCAAGAAGGAAUCUCGUGGCCGCAAGCCGAAGAGGGAGAAGCUCUCACAGUCAAUUGCGUGGGCGGCUUCAGCAGAUGCAGAUGGAGAAUUUGGCCAGAGCUCUAAAAACCGGUUAACGGGUUUCACCCAGGGUCGCUUCACCGAUGCGGAACUUGCACGAAUUGCGCGAGCUGUAGAGAGUUACCGGGCUGAGCAUGAGAUUACACAGCGAGAAGUCAACGAUCUCAUCCACGCGCCUGGUGGAACGACGGCCGGAGAAACGCACGCCCAACUCUGGUCUCGCAUAUUUGCUGAAUGUCCCGAUCGUCACCGACAGAAAGUUAUCAAUAUUACUCGCAAGAAGUUUCACAAUUUCGUUGCUCGUGGAACAUGGACUACGGAGCAGGACGCGGAACUGGCAGAACUCAUUCAACUUCACGGGACGAAAUGGUCUUAUAUUGCCAGUCUUAUCAACCGUCACCCAGAGGAUCUUCGCGACCGAUACCGUAACUACAUUGUCUGCGGUCCAAAUCAGAGAAAGGAUGCAUGGGACGAGAACGAGGAAGCCCGCCUCACGCAGCACAUUAUUGAGUCCAUGAUGGCGAUUGAUGAAUUGCGAAACAACCACCCGUCUAGAGCCUUACUGCAGAAGAGCUAUGAAGAGCUCAUCGACUGGCAGAAUAUUAGCGAGCUGAUGGGCCGCACCCGAAGUCGACUGCAGUGCAUCACGAAGUGGAAGUCACUCAACAUUCGCACCCACGGCCGAGACCACCUUGUCUCUAGCCAGCCUGACUCUCAAAUUUCAUUCAGAUUGGAGAAGGCACGACGGCAGAUCGCAGCGAUGCCUGGUGAGGAACGAUAUCGUCUUGUCCUCGCGAUUCAAGCGACCGCCGUUGGCACAGACGUCAAGAUUCCUUGGCAGAGACUUGUGGACAAACCGUUCCGAAACCAGUGGCACCGAUAUACGCAAAUGCUCCUUUGGCGACGUUUGAAACAGACUGUACCAAGUUGGGAGACGAUUUCGGUGCGAGACUGCGCGCAGUAUUUAAUCGACCACUACAAUCAAGCAGGCGAGCUUCCAGACGUGCCAGAUGAGCAAUUUGAUGACAUGGAUGAGAUGCAAUACAUGCAGGCCAUUACGCCAAUGACUUCAUUUAGUGGCACACAGGAGGAUGGGCGGGGUCAAGUCAGCGCAGAGUUUGUCACAGAGUCCGAUGCUGAGGACAACCAUGCUGAGGCCAAUGGCGAGACUGAGGAGCAACCUGAAGCCGAACAAGAGCAAGAACCUCAAGACGAUCAAGACGAGGAGAUGAAUAUUGAUCCUGCCCUCGCCGAAAUCGCCCAGGCAGCGAAGAAGGCAACCCCGGUCAAGCGGGCUACCGAGAAGGCUGCUCGAAAGCGUGGCCGCAAAUCCGCUGCAGCUACGGAGGAUCCCAUUGAAGAAGACGCAAUUGAAGAGUCUCAGCAGGCGCAAGAGCAGGAGCCAGAAGCGGAAGUCGAGCAGCCCAAGAAGAAGAAGAAGACGCCAAAGUCCAAGACUCCUCGAGGCAGGAAAGGAGCACAGCAAUCCUCACCUGUCGCUCGAGAUGCGGACAGUGGCAUGGAUGAUAUGGAGGAUUUGCCUGCGCGAGUUGCCGUCCUUUGA